AUGCUUCAAUCAUCAACUCAAUUCACAAACACAAUACUACGCAAUAUCAAAAUACUACCUCCAAAACAAUUCCAUACCACCUCCAAAAGAUUCAAUCUAUUUGAUAAAUUAGGUUCAAAAUCAUUACAAGGUUCAUUACCCAAAGAUACAGAAACUUUGCUAAGACCAAGAUCAGCAAAACAAGUAGCACCAACAAAUCCAGCAGAUAUAUUAACUCAAAAUGAUAUAUUAAUGUAUUCAAAUAAACCUUUAAAUUAUAUUGAAAGUAUUAAAACAAAUGGAUUUCAUUUAAAUAAUAAUUUUUUUAUAAAAUCACCAAAUUUAGAGGGAGAAGUAAUUGGAUUAUUACUUGUUGGUUCAGAAACUUUUGAAAUUAAGCUAGGAAAUAAAGAUAGUGCAAUGUUUGAAAUAAAUAAUCAUAUAGUUACUUUCAAUGAUUUAAUAUUAAAUAUUUUUAAAAAAUUACAUCCAAAACCUGAAAUUUUAAUUAUUGGAUUAGGUAAAAAAACAAGUAGAAUUAUGAAUUUAAAAAAUAAACUGUUUUUUAAUAAUUUAGGUAUAAAUUUAGAAAUUAGUGAUUCUUUUAAUGGUGGACAAAUUUUUGAUUUAUUAAGUACUGAAAGACCAGGAGUUAUUGGUGCUUUAUUAUUACCUCCUAAUGUAUGA